AAUAAAAAUUAAAUAAAUUUGCCUCUUUUUUUUCCGCGCUAGUAUUUAGCAAAUUACUUUUGCAAUUAAACUUUCAGUUGUUAAGAAAGGAGAAUUUAUCAUGGUAUAUGGCUGGGAAAAUUGACACCCAUCAUGAAGAGAAAUCGAACUUUUCCACACCAACAAGUGAUAGUAGACCAAAAUCAAGAUCAAGGUUGAGACAACCCUUCAAAUCUCCACUGUUAGACUUACCUGGGAAACGUUGUGACGGAUUUGCUCAAACAGCAGGCUCCAAUGUUGAUAUUUUGAAAGACAGAAUUGCUAAUAUUGACAAAGAAAUAGAUGAACUGGAAAUAGAAUAUUCUGAAGACGAACUACAGAUGCAUAUUGAUAAACUACAUGAAUAUAAUGAAAUUAAAGAUGUAGGACAGGUUUUGCUGGGGAAAAUUGCGGAUAUUGAAGGGAAAACGACUAAAAUGAUGUAUGAAGAAUAUGGCUUGGAUAUCGAGGACUAGGAAAAAUAUGUUUCUGCUGAAAAGAUGAAUGCCAAAGAUGUUCACAUACACAUGCAAGUAUAUUCAGAGUAUAUUCAUACGAAUUCUUGAAUGUUGCUAUUUGAUUUGUUAUAAAAUAUUUCUAAAACUAUUUGGACAUUGAAAGACAAUGCUUUUAUGAUUGCUCUUUAAUAAACACAGAUGUGGCGUAGGGGACAUGCACAUGGAAAUCUGUGGAGUCGUUUUGAAAAGAUUGAUAUUGUAGCUCUGUAGUUAUAUCAUUGUAUAUUAUUAGGUGGGUUUGGGGUGCACCAUUACCAUCAUACAAAUGUAUACUAUAGGCUAUAUAUAGGAAACAGCAGCUGGUCUUAAAUUAAAUUACAUUUAGCUGUCGUAUUGUUUUACAUUCCUGAAUUUCCUAUGAUUGAGACAAUUGUUGCGAAAACAAUUACAUAAUUUUGUCAUUUUUGAGAAAGUGUUGCAAAUGCAUUUUGCUCUUCCAAUCUCUGACUCUAUGGUUGGAUUUACACCACAGGCUUUUAAAUCUCAAAAAAAUACGGGCUAAGAUAAAACAUUUUAUAACACUUUAUCAUUUAUGGAAAUGAUUGCACUUUUUUGGCUUGAUCCCCCGCAUCAACUAUUAAUUUUUUUACUCAAACCGCAAAACAGUAAUAACCUAGGUAACCACUGUGUGUAGGGAACUAUUUAUUAUUAUGAUUAAGGUUAGUCAAAUAGUUAUAAUAUUACUCCGCAUUUAAAUAAUGCUGAUGUGCUUUAAUAGUGCUUUGAUGCUCUGGGUUACACAAGUUAUGAUAUUUCCAGCUUUAUAAGUUUAAAUUUUAAACAACAUUUUAAAUUUCUUUAUGCUGCAUGCUUGCAUGAUAUCUUGGAAAGUGCGUGUUGAUAUUGGAACGAUACUUUUGGUGUUUACUGAAUAUAUUUAGAUUGAGAAAAAGACCUCCGUACUGAAUAAUACAUGUAACAUGAAGA